GUGCGUUCUGCCCUUACAAAUUCAUGUGCUGACGGACUUCGAAACAAAAGGAAGGCGCUGGCGAUGGCGAAAUUUAUCUUGUCUAUUUUCCUUGCAAUAUUCCUUCAAACCCUUUAUGUAAAUGCAGAGGAGUAUGUAGACAAGUGCAUAGAAGGAAAGUGGCACAAAAAGUCGCCCUCUCCCGAAACAGCCGAGUUCAAAACUUGCCAUGCCUUUAAAGAAAGCAGUUGUUGCAACGCAGCCUUUACGGUGGAAUUGAUGGCCAACGAAACCCGCAAUUUGUACAACCAUUCCUGGCAUCGCUGCGGUACUCUCUCAGCAAAAUGUCAAUCCUUUUGGGUUAAACAGGAAUGUUUUUAUCAGUGUUCUCCCAAGGUUUACCGAUAUGAAGAUCCAAAUUUUAAAGGGGGUCUGAAAGGUGUACCAGUUUGUUCUGGCUUUUGUGAUGAGUGGUAUGAAGCCUGUAAGGAAGAUCAGAUUUGUGUUGAAAAUGUUCUUGUGGACUAUAACUUCACCAAACAUGAAGAGAAUUACUGUCCUGUCAACAGCAGCUGUAAGUCGUACCAGGCCAUGUAUGGAAAUGGUAAGAACCUUUGCGAGAAGAUGUGGGGAGAGUCAUACAAAUACACCCUGCCAAACGCUGACUACUCCAACUGUUUAAUGAUGGACCCAUCUAAGAAAGUGAAAGGCAUUGGCAUCACCAGUGUCCCGAACAUUUCUCUGUUGGCUCUCAUCCUCUUCAUCAUGGCUUUAAUGCAAUAGUUUGUGUGUUAUUCUUCUUUGUUCAGAAACAAAUUCUUCUUUGAUUAAGGCUCCUGGUGAAUUUUGUUUUGUCUCAGUUGAAGCUGUGAUGACAUUGUGUGCAUUUGAAAUCACUUAAGGAAGUUACAGAAUGCAGAUGUUAGGCUAGACUGUCCCUCAGCACCUUUGUAAGACAAACUUAUUUUAAAAUGAUUGGUGCAGGACCAAUUUUUUUUUUUUGGAAUUCCUCAACUGAUAGGAAGUAACAUCAUUUAAAAUACUUAUUGAGAUCUUAGAUAUUUGGGAAUUAUUCUGCAUAGUCUUGUACAUCAUUUUGGUAUUACUGUGUUAUAUUGAUAGUGUGUUGUAAUUUUUAAUGUGUGGCCUGUAACAAGUAAGUUAUGUUAAGGAAUUCUGUAACUGUUCUGCAGAAAUGUUUUUGAUGAGUCUGUAGUUAUUGGUUCUUAACAAUUGGCCAUUGUAUUUAUGAUUUAAUGGUAUUUAUUGAUACAUUUAUUUUGGGUUUGAAACUUCAGGUCUCAGUCAGCACAUCAUGCUAUGAUUAUUAUUAGAAUUGUGGGAUGAAAAUCUGCACAAGUUAUGAAAUAAAGCUCUACGAAAUUUUUUGA